AUGCCUCAGUGGUUGUUUAAGUUUCAUGCGUUUACGGCGACUCAAAGUGUGACGAUUAUGCCUAUGUGGCUGGCUGAGGAGGAUGAAUGUGAUAGAACAAGAUCUACCUGUGUCACAUAUUCAAUUCUCAUAAAUCAUGUCUUAGACUGCGGUUCAGUAAGCUUUGUGGAUUUCGCACUUCGGCCAAUGACCUUCUUGAUAUUUGUGAUAUGUGCACUACUGUAUCCAGCCUGCAUAUCUGGUCAGAAGAGAGCCAAUUACGGUACUUGGAAUUAUGCAACGCUAUCGAUAUUGCUUUCUGCGCGUUUUGGCCCGGUGACACGGCUAGCCUUAAAGGUCAUAAAUAUGGCGUUAAAAGAGACAGCUGAAAUAUCUACUCCAUGCAAAGCUAUUACCAUGCGGCGUUUGGUGAUUAUUGUUGCGGCUGAUGUGCAGAAAAGAGGUCUGGCCGCGGAAUGGCCCGGAUGUGAUUGGCAAUGUCUCACUCCCGGCGGCUAG